ACAUUUCGCGAUUCCUAUAUACCAACGAUUGAGGACACGUACAGACAAGUGAUUUCUUGCAAUAAGAAUGUCUGUACCCUACAGAUCACCGACACUACCGGUUCCCAUCAAUUUCCAGCUAUGCAAAGGCUUAACAUAACCAAAGGUCACGCGUUUAUGUUAGUCUAUAGCAUAACAUCAAAGCAAAGUCUGGAAGAGUUAAUACCGACGUAUCGGGAGAUCAUAGAAGUGAAGGCCGGGGAGGAGAACCUCCCGAUUAUGUUAGUGGGAAACAAGUCCGAUGAGGACAACCAGAGGGAACAAAGUCUGGAAGAGUUAAUACCGACGUAUCGGGAGAUCAUAGAAGUGAAGGCCGGGGAGGAGAACCUCCCGAUUAUGUUAGUGGGAAACAAGUCCGAUGAGGACAACCAGAGGGAAGUCAAUCAGGAAUACGCCAACGAAAUGGUCUCUAAGAUAUUGAAGGGCUGCGGAUUCAUCGAGACCUCAGCCAAAACCGGACAAAAUGUCCAUGAGGCAUUUCAGUUACGUAAACAU